AUGACUUCCAACCCACAGUUCGGGCGCGAAACGACAGCCACCGAAGUGGCCAGAGUGUUUGGCGAUGGAGUUCGUGGAAAGACAGUGGUCGUGGUCGGGGUGUCGCCUCAAAGUCUAGGAGAGUCCUUGUCACUGGCGCUCGCGGCCCAGUCGCCCUCGCUACUCGUGCUGGUCUCGCGAACACGGGCCAAGAUGCAGACAGUGGCCAAGAAGGUGCAAGCCGCUUACCCCGAAGUCCGGCUCUCGCUCGUCCCAGUCGACCUGUCCUGCCUCCAAUCUGUCCGCGACGGUGCUGCCGUCAUCGACAGACUCGUGGACCACAUCGACAUGCUCAUCAACAAUGCCGGCGUCAUGAUACAGACUCACACCUUGACCCCGGCCGGACUCGAGCUUCAUUUCGCCACCAACCACAUCGGCCCGUUUCUCCUCACCAACCUGCUCAUGCCGAAGAUGCUCCAGGCCGCGCGGGCUUCUGCCGCCCGAGGAGGCCGGCCGGGAUCCACGCGCAUCGUCAACGUCUCCAGCCAAGGACAUGAGAUCUCCCCGAUCCGAUUCGGCGAUGUCAACUUCCACAAGCCGUCGCGGGACAUCCCGGCCGAAGAACGGCCCGCGUCCAUCCCCGGCUUCAUGUCUUUCGACCCGCCUCCGGGACAGACAUACAGCCCGUUUGUGGCCUACGCGCAAUCCAAAACCGCCAACAUCCUCAUAUCGCUCUAUCUCAACCGGCACCUUGACCAGAGCGGCGUCAAGGCGAUUGCCACGCACCCGGGCUCGAUCUGGACAGACCUGUCCCGCAACCUCGAUGCAAACUACACCCGGCUGGUCCGCAAGUCGGGUGGCUUCUGGAAGGAUAUCGACCAGGGCAGUGCGACGACGCUCGUAGCCGCGCUCGACCCCAAGUUGGGCGACGGCGACAGUGACGAUGUCAUCUAUCUCCGUGACUGCCAGGUCGCCGAGCCUGCCGCGCACGCGACCGACCUGAAGGCCGCCCGGCGGCUGUGGAGGUUGAGCGAAGAGAUUGUCGGACAGACGUUUUCUUUGCACGAAGUGAGCCGGUUGUAG